GGUUGCUACAGCAAUGGAGCCCGCAAAAAGCUCCCGCCGUCCGGCAUCGGCCAUGCACAAAGCAGAGCUGGAAGUGAGGUGGGUGCAGGGAUUCACCAACAGAAAACUUGGCUUUGUGAACAACAGGACUAUCUGUUAUCCUUGUGGGAACUAUAUUAUUUUUAUCAACUUUGAAACAAAGGAGAGAGCAGUGUUACGGUGUCCAAAUGGAAGCAUAGGAGCCUUUGCAGUGAAUGGGAACCAGGGAAUAAUAACUUUUUCAAACAGGCAACUGAAACCCAUAAUCUAUGUCUACAACUUUCCAGCGCUAACAAAACGGGCCAAAAUAAAAGGGCAAGCCAGCCUGGACUAUUCCUUGCUUGCAUUGAGCUAUACAGGUUCUUACCUGGCCAGUUACUCCUCAGUCCCAGAAUUUUCUCUUUCAAUAUGGGACUGGAGCAAAAAAAUCCUUUUGUGCAGUCAGUCACAGCCUGGAGUCGAAGUGACUGCAAUGAGUUUUAAUCCCAUGAGCUGGCACCAGUUGUGCUUGCAUAGUGGGACCUCUGUUACUGUCUGGAAUAUUGAAAGAACCGACAAUGAACAUCUUUUGAAAUCAAAGCCAGUCACUCUCCCUGCUCAAGAUGGAUCUACAAUGAAUGAGCCGAAUAACUUUUUCUCCUGUCUCAGUGUUCGUGAUACUUAUUUUGGUCCUCUGUUGCCUCUUUCAGCUGUUGCUGGUUUGGUAGGGGAUGAAACAGAAACAUUUAAACCUAAAGAUGAUACUCAGCCUACAGUUCAUCCUACUGUCCACUGCUGGACUCCAACCUCUGACCUAUACAUGGGCUGUGAAGAGGGAUAUUUUUUGAAAAUUGGUGCAGACACAUUCAAGGCUAUUACCGUCUAUCAGAAACUUUCACCAGAUGCUAAAGCAAAACUACAUGCAACUUUUCGGUCAAUGUCUCGCUUUUGUGCAAAUUCUGAAGAUUAUGGACGAAAAGAGGUUCAAAAUGUGGUCCUAUUGGCUAUGGCACUAUACAAGGAUGGACUGUAUGCAGCUGGAAAUGAUGGUGUUGUCCGUUGGUAUCAAGUCAAAGGCACACAUUUUCAGACAGAAGAUUGCCUGGAACUGGAGGAACCCAUAACAAAUCUUAUCUUCUCCCCGGACUACACUUACUUAUUAGUUGAAACAGAAAAAGGAUCUCUCUACAUCUUUAAUCCUAAUGACAAUGAAGAUGUGAUCCAGUUAUUGGAUGCAAGUGAAAGCCAGUUCCUAGGGGUUGAUUUUGUUGUUCCAGGAUCCAAGCACUGUGUGUCUGUAGCAGAAUCAGGGGAGGUGCAUGUUUGGCAGAUAGAGGAUGGAGCUUGUGUCAGCAAGAUAUCUCUGCACGCUAUGGCUACUGCAAUGGCUUGCAGCUUGUCCUCUCACUGUGUGGCAGUAGGAACUAAAAAAGGCCACAUCUUCUUCAUAGAUGUUACAGAUGUCAAACAUCCUAAGGUGGUUCACCGGGUUCUGCUUAUUGAACGUCCUGUGCAAUUUCUCCACUAUGAACAGAGUGGUCAGUUUCUUAUAGCAGGAACUUCAGAUGGAUAUAUCUUUAUUUUAAAUGCCCUGCCUUCAAACACAUUCCAAGUUCUUGGAUACAUAGUCUUGUCCCAUGAGAUUGUUGACCUGACUUCACUCUAUGAUGUAGAGAUAGAAGCAUCUGAAGUUAUUGUACUCCUUUGUCCUCCAGACAUCAAAAGAGCAAGAUUGGAGGUGUUUCAUCUUCUUAAAAAAAUUGCCUUGGUUAACGAGGAGUGUAUCAAUGAAAGAGGGCUGUUGAAGGACCAGGUCAUUCGGAAGCGCACCUAUGAUGUAGAGUUCCCUCUGAGUUCUGUGGUCAAGCGGAAGGACACCACUGUGUAUGGCUAUGCUAGCCAUGCCCCUUUCAUCUGUAAAUAUCAGUUUGCUUCAAAGGUAAGCUGGAAAGAUUCGCCAGUUAUGAAAUCGGAGAAGAGGAUACCAAGCAAACAGUUUGGACAAGCUUUCUUGCAUUUAUCACCCCAUGGCAAAUGGCUGGCAUCAGUGGCCGAGAGUGGACUAUUAAUUAUCCAUGAUGCUGUAACUUUGGACACUCUUGCUCGUGAACACUGUCAUUCAUAUCAAGAACAUGGAAUCAGGUCAUUGGCAUUUUCACUGGAUGGCCAAUUCAUACUCGUCAGUGGUUUGGAUGGAGCAGUUGUUUUUCUGAAAUGGAAGAGGAUCAGUGAACGCAAACUGAAGGAUGCAGCUGACUUUGGGAAUUAUCUUCUUAUUAACUUAAACAACUACAUUUCCCAGGAAAACACAUUUCUAAAGAAUAUGCCAGAAUGGACACGGGUAUCAUCGACGAGAUUAGACUCUGCAUUCUUUCAAAGUGAUUCUCAGGUAACAUUUAGGAAGGUAUCAAAUAUUGAAAUUGAAGAGGAGGAUGAAUAUUUCCUUUUGACUCAAGGAAAAUCUGUUGAAGCAACAUGGUUAGAUCAGAAAGCAGAGAAGGCUAUCAAGGAAGAAACUGCCAAGUUUUCUGAUAAGAGAAAAGAACUGAAACAUGGAAUUAAAAAGCUCCGUAAUAAGAUUCAGGAAAUGAUGUAUGAAAAUGCAAAAGCACCUAAAAUUGAGAAACUGGACCAGCAAGAAUUCAACUUGGACAUAGAAGAACAAGAAAAACAACAAAUAGAAAGUGAAAAAGAAGUGGCACGGGUAAGGAAGGAUAUAGAGAUGGAAAAUCUAGCCAACGCCUAUUUACGUGAGAUCAUCAAAGAAGAUUGCUGGAAUUCCAUGUCUGUUAAAGGUCGUUCAGUUAGGAGCUUCCACUUACCCUAUGAAGUACAGAAUUUUCCCAUGAAAGAACGGACCCCUGAAGAACUGGCCUUCUUGAAGAAAAUUCUGCAUAUCAAGAAGAUUGAAAAGGCAGAUCUGAAGCUUCGGAGAGAGAUUGUUGAUUUCGAGUCUCACAUUCCAGUCACUAAAGAGGAAGGGGAAAAGGCGGAAGAAGGAGAGAAGUGGGAUGAAGAAGCAGUGCAUGCUCUGGAAGGGAGCCUGAGUUCCUACUUUGGUGCAGAUACGUCUGUUUUAUAUCCACAAAUGGAAACACACAGUCGGGAAGAGAAAAUUAAUCAAAUUAUAUUACUUCGGGACAUUAUUUAUAGUGUGAAAACUGCUUUUAAUAAGGAAUUUGACUCAGUCACUCGAAUGAAAGAGCUGGAGAUUGCACGUGUUAAAGAAAGGAAUGUGAGGAUCUCUGAGAUCUUGAACCAGCUGGAUAUCCAGGAGGAGAUCUGGGAGGCAACCUUUACAGAUAGCGAGAAACCAGAUCAAGAUCUACAAGUUCUAGAUUCAGAGAUCAAAGUUGAGAAGUACUUGACUCCAGUCCAGAAAGCAAAAGAAAAAAUUAUGGCUAGGAUUAAUUAUAAAAGGCGUCUUGCUGCUCAGGGUGACAAUGCAAGAGAACGUGGACUUACAGACAUGAUGAAUGGAGUCCUUGAAAUCAAAAAGGAAGACAUUUUGAAGAUGGAGAUUCCACCACCUUCAUUUGCAUCAAAACCUGAGGCUCUCUGGAAUGAAGAUGAGAAAAAAAUAUAUAAAGAAUAUGAGAAGAAAGUGAAGGAACUGAAUGAAGAAAGAGAAAAACACCGCAAGAUUCUAGAAACCGAGUUGAGGAAACUUCAAAGCUCUGUUCAGGAAACAACACAAACAUUUGAUGAAAUUGUGAGCAGGCUCUUUGAUAAAAAAGUCAAGUCAGAAAUGGUUAUAUACCAGGAAGAACUCAAAAUAACGAACCUCCUAUACUCGUUACUUUUGGAUGAAGAGCUGAGCACAAGAGAAGCUGGGCUCAAUCACUAUCUUGAAAAAAAGAGGAAAGAAAAGAUGUCAACUAGUGAUGCAGUUAAGACAGCUAGAGCACAAGUGGAUGCUCACAGAGAGGCCUAUGAUAUCUUAAUUGCUGAAGACAAACUUAUGGAACGUGGUUUUAGAAAGGAAUUUUCUGACGUUCCAACUCAUCACAUUGAUCAUCUAUUAAAACUUUACAAACGUCGGCCUAGGGCUCACAAGGCAAAGGUUGUACAUGACACCUCUAACCCCUAUGGAGAUCGGCCAGGCUCUGCCAAAGCUAUGCAGGAUGCUUAUAUUCAUUUAAUGAAAGCUAUUGAUGAAAUGGAUGAAUUUGAAAACAAACCAGAGGGCCUCGACUAUACCAUUUGGGAUCGUUUCUGUGUGGUUAGACGAGCCAAAAUUGAAAGUGAACAACAGAUUAAACAGAAAGCACUGACUCUAGCAGAGAUGCAGACUUUUCUUCAGAGGAGGAUUGAGGAUGAUGAGAAGGUGCGGAAAGAUAUCGAGCACAUCUUCAAUGAGCUUAAUCUGCUUCGAGAGAUGAAGAUGAAAUAUCAGUUAGAUUUGAUGGUCCAAUUUCUCUUUAAGCAAGGACAAGUGGAACUAGAGGGUAGCAAUUUAAUACCCGAUUACACAGAUGCUAUUCUCAUCAACAGGAGCAUCAUUGAGGAACUGAACAGCACUAUCCGGGCUCAGGGAGAAAGGAAGGUUGCCAGCAUGGUAGAAAGCAAAGAUUUUCGGAAAGGGAUAUUUCAACUGGAAUGGGAGCAUAAAAAGAUUCAGAUGCAGAUUGAUGACCUCAACCAAAAGGCCAGAGAUAUUCAAAAACUCAAUGUUACAAAGGAUCGCCAACUUUUUUUAACAGUACUAAAUUACGACAGCCGAAUGAAUCGUGAAGUCUCAGUAAUGGAGGCAACACUUGCUUUUCUAGAUAAGGUUCAUAAGAAAAAUGUUCAAAAACAGGAGAAACUUAUCAUGGAGCUGGAGAAGCAAAUUGAUCAGAAAAAGGUAGCAAACCAGAAACUCAGCAAGGAGAUACAAGAAAUGCUUGUUUCAGUGUCAGAAAGGAGGCACAUUUUUGAGUGUUCUGACUCAGAACUUCUUAAACAAAAGAUUUAUAAAGAACAUUAUGAAGACAUUGUACAGCGACAGCAACUUGUGGACCUUGCCAAAGCACAGGCUCAGGAGUUGUCCAUCCUUCAGGCUGAAGUGGAGAGGCUGAGAAUGAGAACAUUCCCUGCUUUCUUUGAUGUGCAAGAGUAUUAGUAAGGUGGUGCUCUAAGGAAGGACUUUGAAAAAGGUGUAUUAACUGCAAUAUUAAUUUUAUCAAAGGAAGAUUGUAAUUGAAUUCCAUACAAAUUUAAUAUGGUGUCAGAAUGACAAUAUGAUAAAACCUUGGAUAGAUUCUUCUCUUGUAUGUCUUCAUCAGACAACAACUAGGAAGCAGCUACAUCUCUAUAAAUUGUGAACAGUUCCAAAGCAGAGAAAAGGUAUCCAGUGGAACACCAUCAGAGUGGAUAUAGUUCUUCUAUAAUUGUGUAUCUUCCAUUAUUAAAGUGACAGAAGAAACAUCCACAUGAAUAAUAUUCCAGUGCAUUCUGUUUUCUCUGCUUUGGAAUUGUUCAGAAUUUAUGGAGAUUCAGCUACUGCCCACUCCUUGAUAUACAAACAUUUCUCUACACUAAUCUGAUGACGACAUAUGAAAUUAGGAUCAACCUGGUGUCUCAUCACUAUUCUGUUAACUAGAUCAUUUUAUUCACUGUGAUACUGUAUUGUUUCUGAUAACUGACAUUUGAUAACCAUCUUUUAUAUAGCUAAUUCUCUGUUAAUACAUUUUCAAAUCCCUGUGUCGGUUUGUUUUGGUACUUGAGUACUUGCUCCCUUUUGCUUUUGUUUCUGCCUCCAAUAAAGCAAUUUUGUGGGCAUGCAAGUCCUCAAGGAAGUUUUCUUUUCACUGCUUAUGACUACUUUAACGCAGUAGUUUUAUGUAUGUUGCUUUAUCUUUUAUUUUGACAAGAACUAUAAUAUUUUAUCACAUAAGUUUUUAAAGAAUAGACUUCUGAUUAUCUGCACUGCUCUUGUAAGUACAUCAUUCUCAAUUAUUUGCUGAGUUGGAAUGUUCACAAACAUUCCUUCUCAGGGAACAAAGGUGUCAUAUUUACAAUUCAGCUUCUAAGAGAAGAAACUAUUAAAACUUUACACUGGCUCCAUGCAUUGGAGUAGUUUUCAAGGGUAGACUGAAGUUUGGGAGAAGCUGAGGACAGAAGGAAAGCAAGAUUGCUGAAUGAAGACUAGAAAGUAGAUAAAGAAAUGAAGAGGAAUAGGGGAGGGCAAGACAUGGAGACCAUCUCAGGAGUUCUUCCUU